GAGGGAGGAGAGAGGAGGGAGGAAGGAGGAGGGGAGUGGAUGAAUCUCCGCCUGUCCUCACUCACAGCCCGCGCGCAAGAUCGCCCUCUACCGACCACUCACAGCACACCACGCACGCAGCCGCUGCACUGGUGGAGGAGCCGGACCGCUCAAUCCAGGCGUAAUUCAGGAACCAGGACCCACUCUCACAUUCUCCUCCAAGUGAAGAGCAAGCCUGGUGGGAGACGAGCUCUUCUCACCCCCAGUGCACGCCCAGGGAAGGAGCACAGGGCGAUGACUGUAGAGUAGAGGUCCAAAAAAAGUGGGCUUUUAGUUUGGUAGGGCUUUAAGUUGCAGUAAAGAAGAGAAGAGUUUGCAGGUUAACCCCGCUGCUGGGGUUGACGCUACGACGGCGCCGUCGACAUGGAUAAAGUUAUCAGUUGCCUGUUUGCUGUGACGACCUUCCUGCUGUUCACCACGGGAGAAGUUUUUAAAGGCGAUUGCGACUUCGAAAAACCACUGACUGCGUGCGGUUACAGCCAAGGCAGAGACGACGACCUGGAGUGGGAGCAGGCCAAUACGAAAGAGAAACCGUCAUCAGAUCCAUGGAUGCCCUCAGGUUCAGCCUUCGUGUUUGUGAACACUUCAGGACGCUUCGCAGGCCAGAAGGCCUUGUUGCUGACCCCCCAGCUGAAGGAGAACGACACCCACUGCGUCAUCUUCAACUACUACGUGGGGGGCAGGGACAGCAGCCGUCCAGCUCACCUGAACGUCUACAUCAAGGAAAACAACCGGCCCAUGGGGAUGCCCGUCUGGAACGUGUCCGCUCCGGCCACUCGCUCCUGGGCCCAGGUGGAGUUGGCCAUCAGCACCUACUGGCCCAACUUCUACCAGAUUGUGUUUGAAGCUGUAACCUCCGGGCAGCGUGGUUUGCUGGCCAUCAAAGACGUCGUGGUCCAGGGCCACCAGUGCAUGAACACACCGCACUUCCUAACUAUAAAGGGAGUGGAGGUCAAUGCUGGACAAACGGCCUCUUUUCACUGCACCGUCAAUGGACGCAAAAGGGACAACUUGCUUUUACAUUUUAGGGCUGACUUCGGUGUCUGUCUCACUUCCAAACAGGGCCUGGGAGGACGGGAGGCGCCGAUGAAAGCCACUAAACCUUGGAACAACCGGCGGUUCAUUGGCACUUUCGACGUGGAGAACACGACCAAGGGCGACUCGGGAUACUACCGCUGCAUUGUCCACUCAGACAAAGGCGUGGGUGUGUCCAAUUAUGGGGAGUUGACCAUAAAACAGCCCCCUGUUCCCAUCGCUCCACCACAGCUGACCGCCGUCGGUGCCACCUAUCUGUGGAUCCAGUUAAAUGCCAAUUCCAUCAACGGGGACGGGCCGAUCAUCGACAGGGAGGUGGAGUACCGCACGGUGUCGGGCACCAUGUACGACCUGCAGCCCGUGGACAAGACCACACACAAGAUCGGCCAUCUGGACCCAGACACAGAGUACGAGAUCAGCGUUUUGUUGACCAGACCUUUGGAAGGAGGCACUGGAGCCCCCGGGCCCCCCCUGAGGGCCAGGACCAAAUGUGCUGAGCCAAUGCACGGCCCGCAAAAGCUGGAAGUGGUGGACAUCCAGUCCAAGCAGGUGACCAUCCGCUGGGAGUCCCUGGGAUACAACGUGACCCGUUGUCACAGCUACAACCUCACUGUCCAGUACCGGUCGAGGGUGGCCGGCAAGGAGGAGACGCGUGAGGAGGUGUGUUACGACACCAAGAGCCGCGAUCCGCAGCACACCAUCCACAACUUGACUCCCUUCACCAACCUCAGUGUCAAGCUGGUGCUGCGCAACCUAGAGGGCGUCAAAGAGAGCACGGAGCUGAAGUUUCAAACUGAUGAAGACGUGCCCGGGGCUGUUCCUCUGGAUUCCAUUCAGGGAAGCGCCUACGAAGAGAAGAUCAUUCUGAAGUGGAGAGAACCGGCGCAGACCUACGGGAUUAUCACCCAGUAUGAGAUCUCCUACAAGGCGGUGAGCUCCUUUGACCCUGAGCUUGACCUCUCCAACCAGAGUGGGAAGAUAGUAAAACUGGGCAAUGAGACCACCCACACGUUCACCGGCCUUUACCCAGGCUCCACGUACUCCUUCACCCUUCGUGCUAGCACAGCUAAAGGCUACGGCCCUCCAGUCAUUACACAGUUCACCACCAAGAUCUCAGCUCCAUCCAUGCCAGCCUACGAUCAAGAAACCUCUUUGAACCAGACGGACACCACGGUGACUGUGCUGCUGAAGCCGGCCCAGAGCAGAGGCGCUCCAGUCAGCGCGUACCAGGUGGUGGUGGAGGAGGAACGUCCACGCAGAGCAAGAGGCACGGCUGAAAUCCUGCGCUGCUAUCCAGUUCCUAUCCACUUCCAAAACGCCACACUCUUAAAUUCCCAGUACUACUUCACUGCUCAGUUUCCAGCAGCCGGCAUCCACUCCCCUCAGCCGUUCACCGUAGGAGACAACAAGACCUACAACGGCUACUGGAACGCCCCGCUGCUGCCCCAGAAGAGCUACAGCAUCUACUACCAGGCUGUCAGCACAGCCAAUGGGGAAACCAAAAUUGACUGUGUUCGAGUGGCUACCAAAGCCGCCAUACUCGUGACUCAACUUACAACUCCCUACGUUCGCAUCGUGCCAGCGGCCGGUGACAACCAACUAACAGGUUCGGCCACUCACAAACCUGAUGCCGUGGAGCCAGAGAAACAAACAGACCACACGGUGAAGAUUGCAGGCGUCAUCGCGGGCAUCCUCCUCUUUGUCAUCAUAUUUUUAGGAGUUAUUCUGCUCAUGAAGAAAAGGAAAUUGGCCAAGAAGCGUAAGGAGACGCUGAACAGCACCCGCCAGGAAAUGACAGUGAUGGUUAACUCCAUGGACAAAAGCUACACGGAGCAGGGCACCAACUGUGACGAGGCUCUGUCCUUCAUGGACACGCACAACCACACGCUGACCACCCGCAGCGAGUGUGCGCUGACGCUGACCACGCGCAGCGAGUGUGCGCUCACUUUAAACGGCCGAGCUGGAUCUUCACCGUCCUCCCUCACUUUGCCCAAAGCCAACACCCUCAGCACCUCCAUGCCCACCAACUCCUACUACCCAGAUCCCUUUGUGCCGACUGCUAUCUUAGUGCCCAUUAAUGAUGAGAGCCAGAACAUGGGCAGCGACACCAGCAGCCUGGUGCAGUCUCACACUCACUCUCUGAGGAAGCGGGAGCCGGUCGACGUCCCGUAUCAGACGGGGCAGCUGCACCCGGCCAUUCGUGUGGCCGACCUCCUCCAGCACAUCACUCAGAUGAAGUGUGCUGAGGGCUACGGCUUCAAGGAGGAGUACGAGAGUUUUUUUGAAGGACAGUCAGCGCCCUGGGACUCUGCCAAGAAGGACGAGAACCGCAUAAAGAACCGAUAUGGGAAUAUUAUUGCAUAUGAUCACUCCCGUGUCAGACUGCAGGCCCAGGAGGGGGAGCAGAGCUCAGAUUACAUUAAUGCAAAUUACGUUGAUGGUUACCACAGGCCGAACCACUACAUCGCCACUCAAGGGCCCAUGCAGGAGACGGUGUUCGACUUCUGGAAAAUGAUCUGGCAGGAGAAUACGGCAGCCAUCGUCAUGGUGACCAAUCUGGUGGAAGUAGGCAGGGUGAAGUGCUGUAAGUACUGGCCCGAUGACACCGAGAUCUACAGAGACAUCAAGGUGACGCUGAUAGAGACCGAGCUGCUGUCGGAGUACGUCAUCAGGACCUUCGCUGUGGAGAAGAGAGGGACUCACGAGAUCCGGGAGAUUCGACAGUUUCACUUCACAGGCUGGCCGGAUCAUGGAGUGCCCUAUCACGCCACGGGCCUUCUGGGCUUCAUUAGGAGAGUCAAGUCCAAGACUCUGACCAAUGCUGGGCCCAUGGUUGUUCACUGCAGCGCCGGGGCCGGACGGACAGGCUGCUUCAUCGUGAUUGACAUCAUGCUGGACAUGGCGGAGCGAGAGGGCGUGGUCGACAUCUACAACUGCGUGCGGGAGCUACGCUCACGGAGGGUCAACAUGGUCCAAACCGAGGAGCAGUAUGUCUUCAUCCACGAUGCCAUUCUGGAAGCAUGUCUCUGCGGCGACACCACCAUCCCUGCCAGUCAGCUGCGCUCUGUCUACUACGACAUGAACCGCCUGGACCCACAGACCAACUCCAGCCCAAUUAAGGAGGAGUUCAGGACACUGAAUAUGGUGACUCCAACACUGCGGGUGGAGGACUGCAGCAUCGCCCUGCUGCCCAGGAACCAUGAGAAGAACCGCUGCAUGGACGUGCUGCCCCCUGACCGCUGCCUCCCCUUCCUGAUCACCAUUGAUGGAGAGAGUUCCAACUACAUCAAUGCUGCGCUCAUGGACAGCUAUAAGCAGCCCUCUGCAUUCAUAGUGACCCAGCACCCGCUGCCCAACACAGUGAAGGACUUCUGGAGGCUGGUGCUGGACUACCACUGCACCUCCAUAGUGAUGCUCAACGACGUGGAUCCAGCCCAGCUGUGCCCACAGUACUGGCCAGAGAACGGAGUCCACCGUCACGGACACAUCCAGGUGGAGUUCGUCUCCGCUGACCUGGAGGAGGACAUCAUCAGCAGGAUAUUUCGUAUCUACAACGCAGCCAGGCCUCAGGAUGGGUACCGGAUGGUGCAGCAGUUCCAGUUCCUGGGCUGGCCCAUGUACCGGGACACGCCCGUGUCCAAGCGCUCCUUCCUCAAGCUGAUCCGACAGGUGGACAAGUGGCAGGAGGAGUAUGACGGAGGAGAGGGUCGCACUGUGGUCCACUGCCUGAAUGGAGGCGGCCGCAGUGGAACCUUCUGUGCCAUCAGUAUCGUGUGUGAGAUGCUGCAGCACCAGCGAUCAGUGGAUGUUUUCCACGCUGUGAAAACACUGAGAAAUAACAAACCCAACAUGGUGGACCUGCUGGAGCAGUACAAGUUCUGCUACGAGGUGGCUCUGGAGUAUUUAAACUCUGGAUAGUUCACAGAUACUAAAGACUUAACUUUUGGGACAUUAAAGAGGACUGCGCCCCACAUGUUUGCUGAUGUCAUACCUGCAGUUCCUGGGACCAGCUGACUCUGUAACUUCUCCUGGUCUGUGGUUGGUAUGAAUGGGAAAGGUAAAGGUAUUGUACAGCGUUAACUAAAGCGGCUGAAUCCUAGUAUUACAGGCUGGAGUGUCCAGAGCAGGAGCACAACAAGAUUUUUUUUUUUAAUUAAACAAAGAGUUGCCUCCUCCAUCUUUCAGUCUUGAUCUCAGAUGCCUGUAUAGUUGCGUGGUUGUUGCCUUGAUCCUCAUCAGACGUUGAACCUUAAAUUCAGUUUUGUUUGUUUUAAAUACUACGUGCUGUACAUAACGUGACAUGUUUGUUUUUUUUUUUAUUCCUCCCUUUUUUAGGCUCAUUAUUAAAAAUCCAUCCAGUGCAGAAGCUGAAAGCUGAAAUUUUACUCUAUGUCCUGCAGAUUUAUGACGUAUAGAUGACUGUUGCUUCGUUACUCCAUUCUGGGGACGGCCGACUCAGUCGACAUCUGCUUACGCUGUUUCCUCCGCAGGCGUCCAAAGCUUUAUUUGCACUCCAUUAAGUCCUUGUUGUGCAUAUUGUAUAUAUUUCUGUAGACUAUUUAUUUGUGGUAUGUACUUUUUUGUGACUUGCAGUCAGUGACAAUCAUAUGUUCAAAAAGUUAGUUUUAUCGACCUGUAUUGUGUGCGUUUUCUUUUCUUUUUUCUUUUUGGUCUUCUUGGAUGACAGAUCAACUCUAUUGUAAAGAAAAGAAGAUUCUAUAAAUGUAUCUACGUUACAAACAUUUCAUUAUGUUUUUCUGCCUCUUUUUUGAGUGUGGCUGGCAGCUUGUUUCUUAAGAAGACUUUUUUUUAAUCCAAUGUUUGAUUUUAUUGCUGACCAAUAGCAAAGAAGAAGGUUUUGUUUUGUAACGUAGGUCACUCUGUCAUUGUACCUGUGUCUGUUUUUCUGAAGCAUUUGUUUUUUCUAAUUACGCAUAUAAUACUGUGCAUUUUUAUAUACACAUACAGUAUAAAUUACAGUACAGUAAUUAGUUUUUGACCUCAGUUAAUGAAUUUAAAUUAAAUAUGUUUAUGUUAAUGUUGGAAGACUAAUAUCAAAUCAUCAGGCUUCAUUGUUUGUUUGUUUGGUUUUUUUUCAUCAAUAAGACAGAAAUGUAUUUGCUUUAAGUUUUUGUUCUUUAAUUCCUGUCAGUUCUGUUCUUAGAAAUGUUAUCAAGAAACACAGCAUUCUUUAAUUUAUUUAUAGGAGACGUUGGACAGAGCAUCAUCUGUCAGAAGAUGGAAUAUGAGUGUAAUGCUUCAGUUUGACACUAGAGGAAAGUACGGUUACAUACACCCCCUUUGAUCAUAGACUUCUUUAUCCCUUUCUUUCAUAAAAAGCUUGUUUUGAAUCAUCUGGCUUUUUGGCAAACGGCAUGUACAAAAAACAAAA